GAAGCUGGGACUAAGGAGGUGUUGACACUAUUAACGACAAACCCAUCCUCCCACCUUAUUCUCACGAGAAUUCCACCAAAGUGGUCCUCAGGAUGCCACCAUUUCAACAGCACCUCUAAAAAGGAACCUACAGGAGCAUCCUUUCCAUCAGGCAACGAUGAGGAGAAAGACAAGUUUCCAACACCCUACGGUGGAAAACACUAAAGCCCUCACAGAAGGGAAUGACCAAGCACCUGACAAAGAUGGCAGCCAGUACCCCAACCUUCCAACAACAAAGGAGAAAAUUCCAACUGAAAAGAGACAGUACGUGUGUGCUGAGUGUGGGAAAGCCUUUGGUCAGAGUGCCAACCUCACUGUGCACCAACGAAUCCACACGGGAGAGAAACCCUACGAGUGCAAGGAGUGUGGGAAAGCCUUCAGUCAUAGCUCCAACCUGGUUGUUCAUCAGAGGAUCCACAGUGGAUUGAAACCCUACAGGUGUAGCGACUGUGGCAAAUCGUUCAGUGGUAAAUCACACCUCAUCCGGCACCAGGAGGUCCACAGUAGAGAGAAAACGUACGAGUGCAAGGAGUGCGGGAAAACGUUCAGUCGGAGUUCAGGACUUAUUUCCCAUCACAGAGUGCACACUCGAGAGAAACCGUACAUUUGUCUGGAGUGUGGCAAAGCCUUUCGCCGGAGUUCUAACCUCACUCAACAUCAGAGAAUGCACAGAGGGAAAGCAGUGUACCAGUGUAAGGAGUGUGGGAAAACAUGUAGCUCCCACAGCAAGAUUCUAGAUCAUCAGAGAAUUCACAGUGGGGAAAAGCCCUAUGAAUGUGAUCAGUGUGGGAAAGCUUUCAUCUUAAGGAAGAUGCUUCAAGAACACCAGAGACUCCAUCGUCGUGAGAAGCCUCACACCUGUCACGAGUGUGGCAAAGCGUUUACUUCCAAUCGCAACCUUCUCGACCAUCGGAGAGUUCACACUGGAGAGAAACCCUAUAGUUGUAAUGAAUGUGGGAAGUCGUUCAGACAAACUUCCCAAGUGAUUCUCCAUUUGAGGACCCACACGAAGGAGAAGCCUUAUAAAUGUGACCAGUGUGGAAAAGCCUACCGUUAUAGCUCGCAGCUGCUUCAACAUCAGAGAAAACACAGCAAGGACCAAGAACCUUCCUCAAUAACCAAUUGUCGGGCUGGGACUAUGGCCUAGUGGUAGAGGGCUUGUAUACAUGAAACCCUGGGUUCAAUUCCUCAGCAC